GCUAUAAUCACGCUCUUCACUUUUACUGUUAAUUCUUUUAGUUUUUAAUUCUUUUUUUGUUUUUCCGUUUCAAUCAGGAUUUUGAAUUUCGUACCUUUAUUUUAAACGGUUUGUGAAUUUGUAAUGGAGUUUAUUGAGCUCGAGGAAAGUUAUUGUAGCAUUAGAUUAGGAGCCAUGUGAAUGUGAUUGUUUCAAAAUUCAAACCUGGAAGUCCUUUUUUGCCAUGGGGUUUUGAGCUCAAUUAUGUCGUCUCCAGUUGACUUUUAACUUGUUAAGCAUGGAAAGGUAGUUUCGGGCUUAAUUUUCGGGUAAAUUGACAGACAUGGGUUCUGAGUUUAGAGGUAGAAGGGGUAAAGGAACUGGAAGGGUGAGUGUUCAUCAAGUGGCUUUUGAGCUCAAACAGCGUGUCGUUCUGGCCUUGAACAAGAUUGCUGAUAGAGAUACAUAUCAGAUUGGUGUUGAAGAGCUUGAGAAAACGAUUGAAUGCUUAACUCCAGAUGGAUUAGCCUCGUUUUUCUCUUGCAUACUGGACACCGAUUCAGUGCAAAAGAGUGCUGUUCGAAAGGAAUGUAUCAGAUCGAUGGGUUCACUGGCGACUUAUCACAAAGGUCUUGUGCUACCUUACUUAGGGAAGAUGGUUGCUAGCAUUGUCAAGCGGCUCAAAGAUUCAGAUACAGUUGUGAGAGAUACCUGUGUAGAUACCAUGGGUGUUUUGGCUUCCAAGUUGGGUGGCGAUGGAGUUGACAAUGAUGGAUUUUUUGUGGCACUAGUAAAGCCACUCUUUGAAGCUUUGGGCGAACAAAAUAAGUAUGUCCAGUCGGGUUCAGCAUUAUGUUUGGCACGGGUCAUUGACAACAUCAAUGAUCCCCCAGUUUCAAUAUUGCAAAAGAUGUUAGCAAGGACUGUCAAGUUGCUUAAGAAUCCACAUUUCAUGGCAAAACCAGCUGUCAUUGAAUUAAACAGAAGCAUCAUUCAGGCUGGUGGUGCUGCCACACGUACUACUUUGUCUGCUGCGAUUUGUAGUAUCCAAGAAGCCCUCAAGAAUAGUGACUGGUUGACACGUAAAGCAGCCUCUGCAGCACUAGGUGAAAUCGCUUCGACUGGUGGAACAUUAUUGAGCACUUUCAGGACCUCUAGCUUGCGAUGUCUUGAAUCCUGUCGCUUUGACAAGGUUAAACCUGUUAGGGAGACAGCACUACAGGCAUUGCAAAUUUGGAGAGAUCUUCCCGGUAGUGAUACACCAGAACCAUCAGAAGCAGGAUCUUCUGUUAAAGAAAAUUUCUUUAGAGAUGAGUAUCAUGAAGUAACAAGCGCCUGUGAUUCUACCCCGGCUCAUGUCUCGACUAAGAAAACUGGGAAUACGGUUACUAAAAGGUUUCCUCUCUCAAAUAAAAGAUCUGGGCAAAGCCCUGUAGGGAAGGCUCAUUAUUCAAAAGCAGAUGAUUGGCAUGUAGAAAUAGCAGUUCCAAAGACUAGUUCUAUGCCAGAUACUGUUGAUGAAGAAUCACAGGGUAGCUGCAUUACCAAGACAUGUGAAAGAACAAGUGUUGAUUUGAGAAGCACUCAAGAUAUCGAAUAUGAGUAUGUGCAUGUUGAAGACAAACAGAGAUCUUCAGCAUCUCUUUUCUCUGAGAAUUUUGAGUGUAAAGCAUUGAUGGUUUGUUCGGAUGUUCUCGGCGAAGUCGAUCGGGCGAAGAAGCCGGGUUGGGGUGUAACAUAUCCAGCUGAAGAAAUUAGUACAGAAGAAAAAAGAUUCACGGCGAAAAACCAAGAUCGCUGUAGCCUAGAUUCCACUGUUAUAGAAUCUUGCUCUCCUAAGUUACAUUGUUGUUCACAAACAGCAAAUGAAAUGGCAUCAAUUCAAAAGCAUCUUCUCGACAUUGAAAACAAGCAAACAACCCUGAUGGAUCUGUUCAAGAUAUUCACUGCAAACAUAAUAGAGAGCAUGUCAAUGAUACAAAAAAAGGUGUCAAGUCUAGAAGAUGUGAUUAGUGGUGUGGCACAAGAGCUCGUUAAGGAGGAAAGAUAUGCUCCGGCCACAGAAGCUAAACUUUUAAAGAGAAAUCAAGAUUCUUGUUCUCCCAGAAUAUCUACAUGCACGCCGAGGCCACCCGUGGAUACACACACUAGGCCGUCAACAUUGCCCAAAACUGCAGAUGUAUGGGAGGAAAAUAUUAGCAGUAGGAGUUCAUCUAGUAGUUUUAGACAAGAAACCGAUAUAUGGUCAAAAACAUGUCUAACAUUAACUAAAAGCACUUCUGGGAAGGGAAACCGAGAAAAUGUAAGGUAUGGUACCCUAACUGGUAAGCACAGUAAUGUCUUUCCUCCAGUUUCUGGGGUUAGGAACAGACAGAGCAGCUUGGAAAGAAAUGAUGAUAUCUGGAGAGAAGUAAGAGGUUAUCUAUCUCAUGGUGAUCUAGAUUCUGCUUAUGCACAAGCUCUAUAUUACAGCAAUGAACUAGUUCUUUUUGAGCUUAUGGGUAGCACAGGCCCUGUACUGGAACAUUUGUCGGAGAAGACAACUGGCAGUCUUCUGAACACUCUGGCCUCAUAUUUGUCCAAACAAAAGUUUGCAACUUCCAUUUUUCCCUGGUUGCAGCAGGUUGUAGACUUGACGGUUGCCCAUGGUCCUGACUAUGUUGUAGUCCUUCCAAAACAAAGGAGAGCUUUUCUGUCAGCAGUGGAACAAUUUGCAUGUUUGAAAUUUUCUAAUCCUGUCGAGAGGAGGUUCGCAGCAGAACUAGCAGCUGCGUUGCACCAAAUAUGGGGUGAGAUAUCCUUGUCAUCCCCAUUUUUUUAAAGGGUCUCUUAUGUUAUCUUUUAUUCCCUCUUUUAAUGCCCAUCAGUUUACAGAAAUAUUUCUAGAAUGGAACUAUACUAGACACAUUUAUGUUGCUGAGAUAUAUAGUACACGAUCAUGUGCCUCUUUACUUCCCAUUCUUCUUGGCCUUUCCAAGGAAUGAAGUUUCCUAUUUUCUGGCGAAAGAUGAGCUAAGUGUUCACAACAAUAUGUAUUCAGGUGUUUCAAGUAACAAUCUCAGUCCUCUUUCAAAUCUUCCUGUAGGGAAAUGCUCAUGAUAAUGAUUACAGCCAGCAUUGGAAGUGUAUUUCAUAAUGUGUUCUGUACAAUGCCCAAGUCCAUGUCCGGAAGAUGAUGAGCCAAAGAACGUACUAUGUGAAGUGACUGAAACUUUUAGGUGGGAUUUAUGCUACCUAAUGGAGAGCUUUUGGAGUUCCUUGAAAUAUGCAUGUUUCUUAUGUUUUUCUCCUAUCAUCGCUCUCCUGUUAAAAUCUCAAAUUCAAAUUAAGAACAGUUAGAAUGUGGUUGUUUCUGAUGGAGACAUCUUGUGUAAGCUUAUUUUUUACAAGGAAAUUCGCCUAGGACAAACUUUGUAGAUUAGUGCAUCAGAUUUAAGCGUGAAGAUGUGAUGGUCCUCCAAAUCUCUUUCCCUUUUCAUUUGUCUACUCUACUAUAUUAAAUUUGAAUGGGGCAUUCUGAGAUUAUUAAGAAUAAUGGGAACAAUUGGUUGAAAG